AUGUUGAAGGUGGAAGAUCACGAUUCAACGAAUCCACAGGCGAACAUCGUCAACUGGGACUCCGAGAUGCAACUUGUCUCGUCGCUCAACAAGCUGCAAGAGCUUGAAAAGAGGAUUCACCAACUCCGCACGUUACUGCCCGACCGGCUGCUGUUACCUCUGCGACCCAUCACGCAGCCCGAGGCGGCGAAGCAGAUGCCUCGGUCGCCGCAGGUACUCCUGCAGGAACUGAAGGAGUCUGCACGCAGCGGGGUCGCAGAGGUAGGGACCUUCCAGGCGAUGUGGCAGAGCCCGGAGAUGGCGGCGGUGUGGGCACGCGUGGACGAGCGGAUCCGCGACAACGGCGGCGAGCUGUUGCAGCCGUCGGGGGUAUGGGAGCGGGACUACGACGUGCUGCUCGAGGGACUGGUCGGUUCCGAACGCGAGGAGAGGCAGCACCGCGAGCAGGCCGAGCGGGAGGCCGCGAAUUCCAAGGCGCAAGCGGCCGAGGGUGACUGGCGGAGCGUCGUCGCUGCGUUUGCGACGCGAGGCGUGCCGGGCGUCCAUGUCCUAUCCAGCUCCACCGAAGAGCGUAUUGUUACGAUCGUCCUGGUGCGAGCGGGGAUAACCUUCCAAGCACAGAAUGUCUGCAGUCUGGACAACAGCGGAGCGCCCGAAUGGCUGGUCUCGAUCAAAACAGCUCCUGGCACGACGAGGACGAAACUCGAGACAGCCGUCUGCGACUGUCUGAACCAGCGAGGGCGAAAGUGGGAUCUAUCUUAUUUACUUGAUAUGAUUUCAUCCUAUUCAACCAUCAAGCAAACCCCCUGCAAAAAAUGCCAGCAGAUGACAGACCGCACCGCCCAGCUGCCUACCAUCCGCCGAUACCAGAAUGGCAACUGGGAAGCCUACCACGAAAGCUGUUAA